CGAAAAUGUUUCCACUUCUCAUUGGGACGGCGAAUAUCUAUGAUUUCGUCUUUCUAUAAUCUAUCCUACAUUUACAACGGCAAGCAAAGGAAAAAAAAAAACUUCAGUCGCUUUCACAGUUCAUUUUUCCUUUGUGCUGAUCCUCUGUUGCCGAUUACCUCUUCUUUUUGAGAGUUGAAGAGUUAAUAACUUACUUGACUGCUUGACCCACACUUCAUAACUUCAUUUUCCAAUUUCGUGACUCAUAUAUGGACUCACACGGUUCGUCCGAUCGUAUGUUUCUUCUAUCUCAAUUAAACCAUCAAGGGUUUUGUGAUUUUCCUCUGUUUAAUAGGGAAAUUCACAUCUUUCCUGCGUUUUUGCACCCCCAGCAUUUCGAAGAUUUACUGUAGGGUUUGAGGUUCAACAAUGUUGGGAAGAUCAUGCUCUUUCGCUUUGAAUCGAACUCGUUUCUUCUUUUCCCAUCAUCGUGGUUGUUAAAUAUGUGUUGAUUUUAACGAGCAAAUGUUAGAGGAUUUAGUUGUUGUACAGGGUUUGCAAGUUGGAUAUAUAUAGCUAUGGUUGGCAAUUGCUUCGGCGCCUUGAAUUGUUGUAAAGGGAAGAAUGAACCUGCUGGCCAGUCAGAUGAACAAGUGAUUGCAACUAAAACUUUUAGUUACAGUUUGAUGAGAUCAGCAACACAAGAUUUUCAUCCAUCUAGCAGAAUUGGUGGGGGAGGUUAUGGAGUUGUCUACAAGGGAGUUUUAAGAGAUGGUACUCAAGUUGCUAUCAAGUCUCUUUCUGUAGAGUCUAAACAGGGAACAAAAGAAUUUAUGACAGAAAUCGAUACUAUAUCAAAGAUACAGCACCCAAACCUUGUGCGACUUAUUGGCUGUUGUAUUGAGGGCUAUCAUAGGAUGUUGGUAUAUGAGUUUCUGGAAAACAAUAGCCUUGCAAAUUCUUUGCUUGGUCCCAAAAGCAAAUGUGUUGCUCUGGAUUGGCCAAAGAGGGCUUCUAUCUGCUGUGGUACAGCUUCUGGUCUUGAAUUUCUUCACGGAGAGGCUCAACCAAACAUUGUUCACAGAGAUAUCAAGGCUAGCAACAUACUGCUUGAUGGGAACUUUAAUCCUAAAAUAAGUGAUUUUGGCCUCGCAAAGCUUUUUCCUGACAAUGUCACUCACGUUAGUACCCGAGUGGCAGGAACUGUGGGAUAUCUCGCACCAGAAUAUGCACUUCUAGGACAACUUACAAAGAAGGCAGAUGUGUAUAGUUUUGGGAUUCUCAUGCUUGAAAUAAUCAGUGGCAAAAGUAGCAGUAAAGCUGCAUUUGGAGAGAAUCUCUGGGUUCUGGUGGAAUGGGCUUGGAAGCUGAGAGAAGAAGGAAGGCUUCUGGAUAUUGUAGAUCCUGAACUCACCGAAUAUGAUGAGAUGCAGGUUUUGCGUUUCAUUAAGGUUGCUCUGUUCUGUACCCAAGCAGCAGCACAACACAGACCCACCAUGAAGCAAGUAAUAAAAAUGCUGACCAAGGAAGUGAAUUUGAAUGAGAAGGCACUGACUGAACCGGGAGUUUAUAGGUGGAAUGGCUCUAAAGAGUGCGGCAAUUCUUCGUUGGAGGAGACAUCAUCUUCUCAAGCAAACAAGAACAGAAGUUCCAAAAAUCCAUACAUCAUCACAUCAAGCAACUUUAGUGGUGCUGAUUUCGAUACAGAGAUGCUUCCAAGGUGAUUGAUUAUUUGGUUCAUAUUGAAGGAUACUUGAUGGACAACAUUACAUGGAGCCUGUAAAUAUUCAGAACUUUCUUACACUCCUAUUUGUUUUUUUUUUUUUCCCUCUGGUCAUAGGAUCGUUUGUUUUAGUAUUCCAGAGUUCUUUCCAUCCAAAGGGGUCAGAGAGAGAGAGAGAGAGAGAGAGAGCAUGGGAAACGAAUGAAGAGGAACAAUGUGGAAUGGCAUGUGUACAUAUGCCUAUAUGCCGGCUUGUUCAAUACAAAAUAUUCAAAUCA